CUUGUAACUUAUAAUGCACUAGCUUAGGGUUUGAGCAGGGGAGCAAGCGAGAUACCGAUUACUCUAAGAAAAUACUGCGGUUUCAGUUGAUCGGAGAGAGAUGCCGACGUACAAAAUCAGGGGAAUCGAUGUGGAUUUCCCCUUCCAGGCUUACGAUUGCCAGCUUGUUUACAUGGAAAAAGUCAUCCAAUCUCUUCAAAAUAGAUGUAAUGCACUGUUAGAGAGUCCCACUGGGACUGGAAAGACACUGUGUCUCUUGUGUGCCACAUUGGCUUGGAGGAAGAGUUUGGGUGCUUUUUCAUUACGCAAGUAUGAAAGAAGAGGUCAAAAUGGAUCCAGCCAGGAGUUAGAUCCCUAUUCGGUAUCACAGUCUGAAUCCUCAAGAUUACCUGCUAUUGUGUAUGCAUCACGAACUCACAGUCAGAUUAAGCAAGUGAUCGAUGAGCUAAAAAGGACAAAUUACAGGCCCAGAAUGGUGGUAUUAGGAUCCCGAGAGCAAUUGUGCAUUCAUGAAGAAGUUAGUUUACUUCGUGGGAGAACACAAACAAAUGCCUGCCACUUGCUUUGCAAAAAACGGACAAAGCGUUAUUGUGCCCAUUUUUCUCGCGUUGCAGAGUUCGUGAAAGGUAAUCCCAAUUUAGGAGAUGAACCUAUUGACAUAGAGGACUUGGUCAACAUUGGGAGAAGCAAUAGCACGUGCCCUUAUUAUAUUUCACGAGAUCUUCACAAGUCUGUUGACAUCUUAUUUGCACCUUACAACUAUCUUAUCGACCGGGAGAACCGAAAAUCAUUGUCUAUUGAGUGGUCAAACAGUAUACUUAUCUUUGAUGAAGCUCACAACUUGGAAAGCUUGUGCGCUGAUGCAGCCUCUUUCGACAUACCAUCAGGGCUUCUGACAGCUUGCGUCUCUGAAGCAAAAAAUUGUGUUGACCUUUCCAUUGCCAGGAGGGAGAAGUCAAGUGACAAAUCAUGCAAUCCAGAUAACUUUGCCAUUCUCAGAGCACUUCUUUUGAAGCUUGAGAAGAGAAUUGGUGAAGUGCCAAUUGAUUCAAAAGAAUUAGGCUUUACAAAACCUGGUACUUACAUUUAUGAGCUACUUGCUGAUCUUAACAUCAAUCAGAAAACUGCCAACAUGCUCAUUGAUAUAAUUGAAGAAGCAACAUUACUUCUUGAGGAAGAUGCAAGUGUUGCUAAUAAUGAAGGAUUAAACAAGUCAAAAGGAAGCGUCUGUAGGCUGGAAAGCAUGGGUGAUAUUCUUAAAAUGAUUUUUAGAGAUGAUGGUAAUCCUCAUGCAAAAUACUAUCGUGUUCAUGUUCAGGAAGUUGAAGGAAGUGGUCCUGAUGCCUUUAAAGGUAAGGCAUCUAGAACACUAAGUUGGUGGUGUUUCAAUCCCGGAAUUGCCAUGGAAGAGUUUUCCAAAUUGGGUGUUGCAUCUAUUAUAUUGACGUCAGGCACACUAUCCCCAAUGGAUUCAUUUGCUGAGGAAUUAAAGCUAGAAUUUCCAAUUCGUUUGGAAAAUCCUCAUGUCAUAUCAGAAAAUCAAGUAUGGGCAGGGGUUGUACCUGUUGGCCCAUCUGGCUAUCCUUUCAACUCUUCCUAUCGAAGUCGUGAUUCUCUUCAAUACAAGUUAGAUCUUGGCAAUGCCAUUGUCAACUUGGCUCGAAUUGUACCAGAUGGACUUCUUGUAUUCUUUCCAUCAUACUAUUUUUUGGACCAAUGUAUUGGGUGCUGGAAAUCUGCGGGUAAUGGAAACCAAACAAAUUCUAGUACAAUCUGGGAAAGAAUAUGCAAGCACAAGUUACCUGUAGUGGAACCAAGACAAUCAUCUCUCUUUCCUUCAGCAAUUGAAGACUAUAUGUCUAAGUUAAAGGACAGAUCAGCUUCUGGAGCUGCAUUUUUUGCCGUUUGUCGUGGCAAGGUGAGUGAAGGAUUGGAUUUUGCUGACCAUGCUGGUAGAGCUGUGGUGAUCACUGGCAUACCAUUUGCAACCAGAAAUGAUCCUAAGGUUCGUUUGAAGCGUGAAUAUUUGGAUCAACAAACACAAUUGCAACAAUCUAUUUCUAAGGGCCUGACUGGAGAAGAGUGGUACAGUCAAGAAGCAUCAAGGGCUGUAAAUCAGGCUGUUGGUCGUGUCAUUCGCCAUAAGCAUGACUAUGGAGCAAUCAUUUUUUGUGAUGAAAGGUUCACUAAUCCAAAUCAUCAAGCACGAGUAUCACUUUGGAUAAAGCCUCAUAUUAAGUGUUACUCCAAAUUUGGAGAUGUAGUUUUCUCACUUACUCGAUUUUUUCGAGAUGGAGGGAUUCAUGGCCCAUCAAAGCUAGAGAUGAUGCGACCUAAUGCAAGGGAAAAUGUCAGCCAAGUAAAAGACUGCAAACCUCCACUUGAUAUUAAGAUUUCUAUCCCUUUGACCUUGCCUGUGGAGCAACCUUGCUCUGUUGACUCAGUAUCUUCUGCACUUAAAGCCAAACAUUGCAGAAGCUCCAGUAAUCUCGAUGAAAUAGUUCCAGCCAAUCGGUCAUCUCUGAAGUCUGACAAGCUAGUUCAGAAAUUGGAUAUGAAGCGGUCAAGUAGUUUGUUUGAAUUUGAAAACAAAUUUUUACCCUCUUUGAGGAAAACCACGCUGGCUAGCAAUCACAAAUUGAUUGACUUGACAGAAAGUAAAUCUGGUGAGGUGAUUGCACCUUGUUCUUCGAAGAGGCCUAGAUUGGUUAUAACGGGACCGGAUAAGGUAUGUUGCAAGAAUUCAUCAGAGAAUCAAUGUUGCAAUAUGUUGAAGGAUGAGAAAUUAACGCUUUCUGGAUCUCAAGACACGAUAAAAAUGCUACCAAAAGAUGAGCUGACAUUGCAAACAAAGGUCACUUCGUGUAAUGACCAUGGAAAACCGUCUGGCUCUGUUACAUCUUCUGAGGAUGCAGAAAACAAAGGAUCCAUAUUUCUUGUCCAGGUUCGCGAGAAGCUUAGUGACGUAGAAUACAAAGAAUUUGUUGGUUACUUAAAGGCUCUGAAGUCCAAAGCAAUGAAAAUUGGGCAUGUUUUGGAAUCUGUUGCAAGAUUAUUUUCUCUUCCUGAUAGACUACCUCUGCUUCACAGAUUCAAGGAUUAUAUUCCUGCCAAGUAUCGAUCUUUAUAUGAGCAGUAUAUAAAUAAGCGAUGACGCCACUACCGGUCUUAAACAAUGUGAUCACCUGUUGUAAAUAUGCCAACCCCUACCCUAAACCUGCUCGAGAAGAUUUUUGAGACUUGAAGGGAAGUUGCGCCUCUAGUACACACCGGAUUCUGGAUCUCCGGCAGCCAAAGAUCCUGAAGAAACAAGGGCUAUUAGUCUGCAACAAGAUUUAGUGUGCCUGAAAUUUUCUGAUCUUGAAUAGAAACUACUGCUAACUGGAGUUAACUUUUUGCUGUAUGUAUUACUUGCAAAUGUAGUCUCAAUCUUUGAUUGCAAUAGUAAAUUCUUUGCAUUUUUCACC